UUCUCUCUCCUCGGGGGCCAUAGCAGCCAUAGUGGCGGCGGCACUCAUUGCACUCCUUGCUCUCAUCGCCCUGAUCAUCUUGCUCUGGUUCUGCUUCCGCCAAACGAAGCCUGCGUGCAAGCAGUACUCACUGGCGGACAUCCAGCAGGCCACCAACUUAUUCUCGGAGGUGGCAGACUUGUCACGGCUGAAGCACCCAGCACUGGUGCCGCUGCUGGGGUACUGCAUUGACUACAAUGAGGAGACCCUGCAGAUGGAGCAAAUCAUCGUGUCUCAGUUCAUGCCCAACGGGGAUCUCUCCCAGUGGACCAUGCCAGGAGCCAAGCCCAUGUCGCUGCGUGUGAGGCUGGCGGUGCUGGUGGACGUGGCGGACGGGCUGAGCUUCCUCCACAGCCGUCGGAUCGCGCACCGCGAUGUGAAGCCGGCCAACGUGCUGCUGGAUGCAGACAUGCGGGCGAAGGUGGCGGAUUUGGGGUUCAUGCGGAGAUGGAAGCGACCCACAGAACCCUUCUCUACAGCUCGAGGAGCCACCCUGUUCAACUUGUCCUGCCUUUUCGGAGUGCUACUGCUGGAGAUGCUGACCGGUAGGGAGCCAAUGCUGUCAAUCGAUGGCUCACAGUCACACAUCCGGGACUGGGCGGCUGCCGAGCUCUCCAGUGGUGACAUCAGCUCCAUUAUAGACCCUCGGAUGGUCUCCCCUGCAGCAUCUGGUGCCAGCAUUGUGCAUGCUGAUGUCAUGAAGAGCCUUGCAUCCCUGGCACUGGCAUGCACGGCCAUGCCUGCUGCCUCUCGUCCCCCCAUGGCCAAAUUGCACUCACAGCUGAAGCAGCUGCACGAGGAGGUGGUGAGGCGGGAGGGGGAGAGCAUAUCGCAGCAAGGGAGUGGGCUGGGGGGGCUGGGAACGGGGGGAGGGAGUUGGCUGCAGAGGGAUAACCGUGUGUGCCCUGCAGCUGAGCCUGCGGUAAGGAGUGUGAGUGUGGUGAGGGGAACGACGGAUGACGAAGGCAGUCCUGAAGAGGAUGAGAGCUUGACUGUUGGGGAGGGGACAAGUGGAGAAGCAAGUAGGAGCACGGGUGAUGACCACAACUGA